GCUAGUUGUAAAAGGGUUACCGGAAAUAUGAAAAAAACCCACGGGUUUUAAAGCGAACAGUGGUUUUUAUCCCGCCCACAGAGGGGAUUUGACGGGGGUUUAAAAAGAUUUUGCUGGAACAGGGGGGUUCCCCGGCUUUUGCUGUAUCAGUGCUGCUGUCUUUUUUUUUUCUUUUUUUUUUUUACAUACCAGUGCUACUUCUGACUGUCCUCAGCUUUUUUUUUCUAUCCCUUUGUCUGAAAGAGCAGUGAAAUAGAAACCGUCCGGUGAGUUCGACCUUGCAAUGUUAGCACAGAGCACAGGGCCCCUUCACACAGUUAAACCAACCCACAGUAGAAAAAAAAACAGGGACUUUUAACGUAAACGUUGCUUAUGGUCCGAAAAAGAGCUGUAACGCAAUAGCGCGAAUCGCAUAACGCAGAAUACCACCAAGGAAAAUGUCAGAGGUCAACAUACCAAAGCGAAAAGAGAAGUGUGAGAACUGCACCAAACAGUGCAACAAGAAACAGAGUGAUGAAGGUGCCAACGCCCAUCAGGAGAGAGAGGAAGUCAAUGGACAGGAGCAUGAAGGAUCCCAGUUGCUGCUGAGUGCCUGCCUGUCCUGUGAUGGCUGUCUAUCAGAGGAGGAGAGCCUGAAGAUCUCUCAGCAGAGUCUGGAGGAAGUGGAGCGGGUUCUGGCACUCAAUCAGAAGUGUGACGCGUCAAAGCACAAGGUACUGGUAGCGUCGAUUUGUCCGCAGUCUCUGCCUUUCUUUGCUGUCAAGUUUGGCGUGGACAUCACCGAGGCUGCCCACAAACUCUGUGCCUUCCUCAAGAGUUUAGGAGUGCAGCAUGUGUUCGACACCACUCUGGCAGCAGGCUUCAGCAUCUUGGAGAGUCAGAAGGAGUUCGUUCAGAGGUUUCGAAGGAGGCACCACGAUUCCCACGCCUUGCCCAUGUUCACCUCCUCCUGCCCAGGAUGGAUCCGCUAUUCCGAGCGUGUCCUGGGCAGUUUGGUCACCCCUCAUAUCUGCACAACCAGGUCUCCUCAGCAGAUCAUGGGCUGUCUCGUCAAAGACUACUUCUCUAAACAGCAGAAGCUGAGUCCAGAGAAAGUCUACCACGUGUUAGUGGCUCCCUGCUUUGAUAAGAAGCUGGAGGCGGUCCGAGAGGAGUUUUACAACAGCCUGCUGGAGACCAGGGAUGUGGACUGUGUCCUCACCUCAGGGGAGAUCUAUUACCUGAUGGAGCAGAGGAAGGUUUCAGUGGAAGAGCUGGACUCAGUUCCACUGGACCAUGUGUUGGGAGAAACCGGAGACGCAGCGCUGGUGAGGCACGAGGGCCGAGGUUCUGAAGGCUUCCUGGAGCACAUCUUCAAACAUGCUGCCAAAGAGCUCUUUGGUCUCGACGUCCACGAGAUCACAUACAAGACCCUCAGGAACCGGGACUUCCAAGAAGUGACUCUGGAGCGGGACGGGGAGACUCUGCUGCAGUUUGCUGCCGUUUACGGGUUCAGGAACAUCCAGACUCUGGUUCACCGAAUGAGGAAGGGGCGUGUCCCUUACCAGCUGGUGGAGGUGCUGUCCUGCCCAGGAGGGUGCUUGAGUGGCCGCGGUCAGGCAGUCAGCGACGCAGAAGGCCGGCUGGACAAAGCCCUGGUCCAGCAGAUGGAGGAGGUCUACAGCAGCCUGCCGGUCCGCCUCCCGGAGGUCAACCCCUCCCUUCACACCCUCUAUCAGGACUGGCUGCAGGGCCAGGACUCCCCGCAGGCCGGCACACUCCUGCACACCCAGUACAGAAGUCCGAUCCACACCCAGCCUCCACACAUGCAGUGGUGACGAGAAACGGCCUGUUUCUCUUUUAAGACAUGAUCAAAGUGUAAUUUGCGGGGGGGCUUGGGCCAUCUCAUCAUUGCUGGCACCAUGAAGGACAGGCCAAGGGCCAGGCUGCCAAAGUAUCAAUUGGUGCAAUUCUUCCGUUAGGCCACUGGGGGGUGAUGUCUGUCUAUUUAACACUGGUGGAUCUCCUGUGGCAAACCCUGAGUCUGGGGAGAAAUGAAGAUCCAGAUUCCAGAAAAACAAACAGGUCUACAUUAUAUGCAGAGCGAUGUAGUGAUGUCAAUAAGCUGUGGCUAAUUAAAAAUAAUAUAGGUACAGGAUCAGGUGGUGGCUUGAUCUGCGAGCUGUUCUGAGAAAUGAAUCAAGAAACUACUCAUGUCAUCUUAAAGGGAGGGUUGGUAAUGUUGAAAAGCAAGACCCUCCUCCCCAUCGCUGUGGAGGGAGGUCUGGCAAAGCGACAAAGAGACUAGCAAAACACCUAUUAAAACAUAGCGGAUGUUUAAAACAAACAUGACUAUUGUUAGCAAUCAAACUCAGACUCGUUCAAGGGAGGAGUAGAGUACGCGCAGCUGGGCAAAGAGGCAUUUCAUUGGUUCUUUCCAAGCGAGGCAGUGAUUGGUGGCCAUUUUAUUUACAGGGUCCCAUCAGCUAAAGAUGACGGGUAUUUUUCACUCCUUAUUCAGAGCUCAUAAAGUUAUUUAUUGCUGUCAGUUUGUAAAGAGAAUGUCAUACAAUGUAUAAAAAUGUAUACAGGAAAUCGUUACCAACCCUGCCUUUUUAAAGAGCAAUAAGCCACCGAGGAAACAUGUAAGAAGCUUUUGACACAACUGGAACUCGUGAACUGAACCUGUGCAUACUGAAUGUUUUGGGGGGGGGUCUAAUGUAUUCCGAAUCUAAAGCGUCCAAUCAUCAAAGAUGUUGUACUUUGUGUUGUCCCCACUGUCCCUCGCUGAAAGACAAGACCGCGUGUUCUCGUACUCACCAAGAAUAACUAUGCAACAGUGGGAUCGUCUUAUCCUAACGUCUUUCCUAAUGGAAAGCAGAGCUGUAGUAGUUUCGAGAGCUUGAAGGCCUUUUCAGUAACACUAAGUGAGUGUCUGCGCAUGUGUAAACUACCAGCCCAGUGUUGGUCUGUCCCAGUGAAGAAUCACGGCCAUUAUCUUUUUAAUGGUACAAGAGGAUUUCAUUUCUCACUUUGUUCCCAUUCCACCAGCUUGUAUUUUUAACUUUUAUGUUGUUUUUGUUGUUUGUUUUACACAGUCAAACAUACAUGUCACAUGUUGGGUGCUAAAAUAUUCCUACAAACAAAGUCUGAUUUAAAUACCUUUUUGUGGAUGAUGUCAUUGUUCACUGAACGGCCUCUGCCUCCUGUAGAGGUAAAAGUUUUUGACAUUUGUGACGCCGCCUGCUGGUAAUCCACAAAACCCACUUUAGAGUUUUCAGUGUUAAAAUGUAAAUGAAAACAUGUGAAAUGGAGGCCUGCGGAUUGUCCAGCAUUCUUUUCCAAAGCUCUAAGCUCCACACAUUUUCAUUGUAUUCGGAGACAACCUUAGCAAAAUUAACCCAAACUA